AUGGAAGAAUUUUCUUUUUCUUUCUUGCCUAUUCUUCAUACAGUCUCUCUCUCUCUCUCUCUCUUUCUCUCUCACUUUCUUGCUCUCUACUCUCUAUUUCUACUGAUUAUUCUCUCUCUCACUUUUACUCUCACUUUCUUUCUCUAUUCUUCUCACAUUAAUCUCAGUUUGUUUACUAAUAUCUUAUUCUCAUUUUCGUCUUUAUUUAUUAAAUUAAUUUUCUAUUUCUUAAAUCUCUUUUUCAAUUUCUUCUUAAUUCUUUUUUUUUCUUAUUUCUCUUUCUCUUUCUUUUCACUUCUUCUUAACUCCCUUUUUCAAAAUGUCCUUUUUUCAUUCAAUUAUUCAUUUAGUAUUCCUUUUCCCUUUUCCCUUUUCUCUUUUAUCCACCCUUCUAUUUCACAUUUUUCUUCCCAUUCUCAACUCUCUUUGCUAUCUUUCUUGUAUUUUUCUUUAUUCAUUUUCUUCUCACUUUCUUCUGCUUAUUUAAUCUUUUAUUUAGUCUUUUUUCAUGCUCUUGUUUUCAAUAUUUUUUCUUUCUUUCCUCCUCCUCUUCUUUUUCCUGUCCUUCCCUCUCUCUUUUUUUAA